CUUUUAUAUUUUUUAGAAUCGUGGAACGGCUGAUGUGGGCUCUACGGCCUUUACGGCGCCUUCUCGUAGCGGUCCCGUAGAAGAGACCCCGUGUGCACCCCGAUGUUUGGCGCCCCGUGUACGAGAAAGCGACGAGCAAUGUCUCCUACGAGGACCCCGGCACUGUUCGCAGUGCUGAUUCCGGCCGUGCUUCACGUAGCAUCCGCUUUCUACCUCCCCGGCCUUGCCCCCGUCAACUACUGCAAGCCAGGCUCGACAACCAAGCAGUGCCAAACAAGGAUCGACCUGUUUGUGAACAGGCUAGACUCCGAUGAGUCCGUCAUCCCGUACGAGUACCAACAUUUCGACUUCUGCACGACCAAUGGGACGACAUCGCCAGCAGAGAACCUUGGCCAGGUGGUGUUUGGCGAGAGAAUUCGGCUCUCACCUUAUCAGAUCGACUUCAUGGUGAACAAGUCCUGUGCCAAGCUGUGCACGCGCCAGUACGGUCCCAACAUCCCCGGUUCGGCGGCGCGCCUGGACCAGUUGCGCAAGGGCAUGAUGAAGCAGUACCGGCACCACUGGAUCGUGGACAACAUGCCGGUCACCUGGUGCUACCUGAUUGACACCGACAAGCAGUACUGCUCCAUGGGAUUCCCCAUGGGCUGCUUCACCUACCGCAACAGCCAGCCUCGGGGCCUGUGCAGCGUCACGUCCGAGUUCUCCAAGCCGGAGACGUUCUACCUGUUCAACCACGUGGACCUGACCAUCUCGUACCACAAGAGCGAGAAGGAGUCCUGGGGAAGCUCCUUCAUCGAGGAAGGAGGGCGCAUCAUCUCCGUCAAGGUGCAACCUCGGAGCAUCAACCACAAGGACCACGAGAGGCCGACGUGUGACACGGGUGAGCACCUGACGCUUGGCCUCAAGGACAAUGGCCCUCUGACCGUCACGUACACCUACAGUGUCACCUUUGUGAGGAACGACCAAGUGCGCUGGUCAUCCAGGUGGGACUACAUCCUCGAGUCUCUGCCACAGACCAACAUCCAAUGGUUCAGCAUCAUGAACAGCCUGAUCAUAGUGCUUUUCCUGACCGGUAUGGUGGCCAUGAUCCUGCUCCGAACACUUCACAAGGACAUUGCCCGCUACAACCAGAUGGACUCUGGGGACGAUGCCCAGGAGGAGUUUGGGUGGAAGUUGGUGCACGGCGACGUCUUCCGCACUCCCCGCAAGGGCAUGCUGCUCUCGGUGUUCCUCGGCAGCGGCACGCAGAUCUUCUUCAUGACCUUCAUUACCCUGCUGUUUGCCUGUCUGGGCUUUCUGUCGCCGGCCAACCGUGGGGCUCUGAUGACCUGUGCCAUGGUCCUUUUCGUGUGCCUUGGAACACCAGCUGGAUAUGUCUCGGCUAGGAUCUACAAGUCCUUUGGCGGGGAGCAGUGGAAGCUGAAUGUGCUGCUGACGGCGCUCGUGUGCCCGGGCAUCGUGUUCAGCUUGUUCUUCGUCUUGAACCUGUUGCUGUGGGCCAAGGAGAGCUCGGCUGCCGUGCCCUUCACCACGCUGCUCGCGCUGCUGGCUCUCUGGUUCGGCAUCUCACUCCCGCUCACCUUCGUGGGUGCCUACUUCGGCUUCAAGCGCAGGGUGCUGGAGAACCCCGUGCGGACCAAUCAGAUUCCCCGACAGAUCCCCGAGCAGUCCCUGUACACCCAAGUGGUUCCAGCAAUCUUCAUGGGCGGGAUCCUGCCCUUUGGAUGCAUUUUCAUCCAGCUCUUCUUCAUCCUCAACUCUAUCUGGUCUAGCCAGAUGUACUACAUGUUUGGAUUCCUGUUCCUGGUGUUCAUCAUCCUGAUCAUCACCUGCUCGGAGACGACCAUACUGCUCUGCUACUUCCACCUCUGCUCUGAGGACUACCACUGGUGGUGGCGGUCGUUCCUGACCAGUGGCUGCACAGCGUUCUACCUGUUUGUCUACUGCAUCCACUACUUCACGCGCCUCAGCAUCACGGGCGUGGCCUCGACCUUCCUCUAUUUUGGAUACACCCUCAUCAUCGUGUUCCUCUUCUUCCUGCUCACCGGCACUGUGGGGUUCUUCUCCUGCUUCUGGUUUGUGCGCAAGAUCUACAGUGUCGUCAAGGUCGACUGAGCAGCGGUGGGCGGAGACAUCCUUCGCACGUCGUCAGUGUUGGAAUGGUUGUCGUGUCUGGCCAAGCGCCCUUGCAUGGGACGCGCUAUGAGACAAAAAAAAAACAGAGAGAGACUUUAAGUUUGUGGCGGCAGCUUGCUGCAGUACGUCUGCCCGUCGUCUUGUGAGGACGGGCGGUGCGGACGACAACUCUUGUGGGAGUCGCCUCCAGUGUGGCAACGGCCAAAACUGUCUUGCCAAGCCCGUCACGUUGCACCUUGACUUGGCAGGUGUCGUGCCCGAGGAAUGAACCGCCGAAAGGAGACACCAUUGCCCCUGCGGAGCCACUGUCGCACCUGCGCGGGCCUGGCAUUCUUCAUCUUGUAGUCUUUCUUGUUCGUUCUUGUUGCUUUGCAGUAGUACCGAGAAGUGUGUUUUUUUACUAUAUCUGUUUUGUUUUCCGUAGCAUGCAAUGCCCCACCUUGCUGCCUCUUUAAACAUUGUGUUACACUGUUGUGUUGCAAAUUUGUUUCGUUUUAUCCCAGCCUUAGUUCUGAGUAGGGUUCUGGGCACCCAGGCUGCGGAGUUAAAGAAUGAAAAAAAAAAAAAAAAGACACCACUGGUGUCACCUCAUCCGAGCCACGGCAUUGGUGAGAUUCGCUGGCCUGGCGGAACCUAUUUCUAAAAAUUUUACUUUGUUGCCGUAGCACCUUAGUCUGCACACAUUCGUUAUUGCGUGCCGUGGGAACAUGAGGAAAAGGUAUGUGUGUGUGUGUUUAUCUGUGUGCUUGGUGUGAAUGCAAGUUUUGGCAUGAACAUAUUUUUUCUUGAUGCACAGCAUGGACACUCUUGCCACAGUCCCAGUUAGGUGAUGGCAAAAAUCAAUUCCAUGACUGCUUUCAGCGCAGCUUAGGCAGAACGUAUUAAUGAGGAAGAUGGAAAGGUAGAACUGUGUUGAAAGCAUCAGAUUCAGAAUUCUGACUGUUUUAAACUGGCACCUUAUAAAAGCUUUUGCAUAUCGAUGAAAAAUGUUGGCACCUCUUGUCAAGCCGUUGUCACCGGUUUGCUUGAACUGUUAUACGAGUAGGACUGGGACAGGGCCAUUGACUCGAUUCACGCCUUUAAAUUCAUGUUCAAAUGUUGUGUCCAAUCCGUGACACUGCAAGGAAAAUUGAAGCAAUGGUAGCUAGGCACUGGUGCUAGUGGCACUGUAAAUUUGUUCUCUUUAUAGCCAAGAAUGAGCAUGUUUUCUAACGUAUGUGUUAUGAGAGUGUGAAGAACCAUAAUAUUUUAAACGAUCGAGAAAUGGCCCACCUUGUCAACCAAUCCCGUCACAUUACAGUAGUCUGUGGCACUGGCGUUUUGCAAGCUCCGUAGGCAAUUGUAUUCUGCGGUGAAAAUUGUAGGAUUCUGUUUUUUUUUUAUGUUUUGAGAGAUGUCUCGUGCACCAAAGCUGUAAAAUGUGAAGAUUUUUUUCGUUGUAUAUUCCUUGCAGCGCUCGAUGCUUCUACAUUGACCCGUAUCAGUUGUGCUUUACAUGGCAUGUUCGGAGUAUUCUAGCUGGCAAAAAGCGUAGCAUUGUAGUGUACAGUUGUGUUCCCCGUAAUGUUUGUGAUAAAUUGUGAUGUUUCCGUUUUUCUUUUUGCUUCUAAUGGUUGUUGUGAGCAUGUCCACUAGUUUGGGGUGUGUUAAAACUCUGCCCCAUCACGUGCACUUCUUUUUUUAGGAUAAAUAUAAAGAUAUUCUGGCAAUCAUUUGCUGUGAGAUCGUUGUAGCAUGCCGCGUGUUCAGCUCUGCCACGCGCUCAUCGUAUUUUCGGCGCAGCUGUCUGCACGGGAUGCCCCAUUAACACGCUGCUGUUGAAAUUCAUGACCACCAAAACUAAUCGAAAUCUUCGUUUCAUAAUAGUACAAAGGAAUGAGCUCUCAAGAAUUUACUUGGUUGUAAAUCGCCGAAGUACUUUUGAGUUGUGAAAUUUUGCUUCAGCCUGCAUGCAAUACGUAUUUACCUUGCCCACAGAAAUGCAACACCAUGAAUCUAACCAAACCGGUCAGUUGGACCUUGUGCAGUGCUGUGAUUGAGACGCAGUGUUCGCGUGAAGCUCUACAGCUCCCAUAAUUUGCUUCCUAAAACUGAUCUUUGGGUAGAGCAGGAUUCUUAUGUUGUUUUAUAUUUUUGUCUUUUUGUAUUUACAUGCAAUUGUGGUUGGUUAUUCUUAGGGCCACUGUAUGAUCAUAGUCAAGUAAUGCAAUCCUUAUGUGGUGUGUGAAGCAACCGAGCUUUUUUUUUUUUGUCUUUGUGGGCUUAGCUGUAGCAUGCUUGGAAAACACUGCAUACGCUGUGCAAGAUAAGCUACUGAAGAAGCGUGUAUUAAAUUUAUUAUGUUGCUCA